AAAUUUGUUAUUAGAGUUAUAAUAGAUAGCUUUCAAGAUUUCACUUUGCACCCAUUGAUUUCCACUACCAAUGCAGCUACAUUCCGUCUUAAUCUCAAAAUUUUCAAUAAGAAAACGAUACAAGCACAUAGUCAUUAUUUCAGAACACAGAGUUAUGAUGUUGUCAUUAAUUUAGGUAGACUUUGCUCUCUCUACAAUUUUGUUCAUACGCUCAAUAUGUUUAUCUUUUGGCGGUAUACAUUCCCUUACGAUCUCAACUUCAUUCAACUUUUUGAUCCAUCUGUUUAAUUCUGGAAACGUAUCCUCUGGAGUCAUAUCGAUUCCCAUACAUUCCCAAGCCCGAGUCAGACAAAAUGGGAUCAAUAUACUUCCUGCAACCAUGUCCAAGAAUCCGAUCGUCUUUCUGCCAAAGAAAUCUUUUCCAGUGACUUCCUUCUCAAGAAACAUAAGCAUUUCUCGAAUCUCUUCAAUAGCAACAUCUAUUCCCUUCUCUGCUUUUACUAGGGGCAUGAACCCAACUGCGUACCUGUUCAUCGACGAACUUGGCCCAGAAUCGAGCCAUGGCUUUCUCGUAGGGAUCUUGAGGUAGAAUUGGAUUGUUAUUCCAAGUUUGGUCGAUGUAUUCGAGGA